AUGGAGGAGGAGGAGGAGGAAGUGGCGGUGCCCGGGUAUGUGCGCGAUAUCGAGGAGCUGUUGCGCGACUUUGUGAACCGCGCCGAUCCGUCGCUGGCGGCGUUUAAAGCCGUGUGGCGUGCGCUCCGCUUCUCCUUCGUCCACGACGCGUGCCCUAAAGACAUCGACCCACGCAGCUUCUUGCAGCUGCUCUACGGGACGGCCUUAGGGUUCUUGCAGGCCCGCACCGCGCCCUAUCCGCCCACCCUCAUCUACCUGCCCCUUGACUCCCUUCGUCUGUUGCUUCUCUUUGCCCAAGAGGCACCUCGCCACAAGGCAUGGGACGCCGUUGCUGCCCUGCAAUCACUCUUCUUCGGGCCCCUCUCUUCCCUUCCCUCUGGGCCUCCCCCUGCCGCCUCCUCCUCCUCCCCUCACACUCUCGCUCCUCCCGCAACGGCGUUUGUGGUGGGAGCGGUGCCGCUGCCGCAGCAGCUGCAGGCGGGGAUGCAGCAGAGGGCGGGGCAGGCCAGGAGGCUGGUGGAGCAGCAGUUGCGCGUCAUGAAGCACAAGCUAUUUGCCCAUCUCCCCAUCGAACGACACAUCCAGUCUGAUGCUGCAGAGGCACUGGAUGUGGAGCAGGCCGAUGCAGCAUGCUGGCUCUAUGACAACUCCCUGCAGCGACUCAAAACAUGCGGCUUGCUCACAGAGGGCGCAUCCUUUGCUCAAGAAGGCGAGCUGGCAGCUGUCUUUUCAGCCUACCGCGCAGCAAGAGAGGCAGCUGUGGGAGCGUUGGAGGAGAGGGGAAAAUAG